UCCGCACUUGACGAUCCAGGAGAGAGAGAGAGAGAGAGAGAGAGAUAUGGCGGAGAGCUCAGGCUACAAGGAGUAUGUCGCCGGAUUAGUCGCCGGAGUCGCCACCGUGGUCAUUGGUCACCCCUUCGACACCGUCAAGGUGAAGCUUCAAAAACACAAUACUGAAGUUGGUGGAAUCAAGUAUAGAAAUGGUUUGCAUUGUGCUGCACGAGUCCUAAAAACUGAAGGAGUUAGAGGUUUGUAAAGAGGAGCUACUUCAUCCUUUGUUGGAGUGGCCUUUGAGAGUUCACUUCUUUUUGGAAUUUAUUCACAAACGAAACAGUCUUUGCAGAGGGGCUUGCAAACUGAUUUGCCUCAACCCCAAGUCAUCAUUCCUGCUGCAGCUUAUGGUGGAUCUAUCAUCAGUUUUGUGUUAUGUCCAUCUGAGCUAGUCAAGUGUAGGAUGCAAGUUCAAGGCACUGAUUCGGUUGUUCCGAAAUCCAGUAGAUACAGCAGUCCUCUAGAUUGUGCCAUUAAAACCGUAAAAGCCGAAGGGGUUACAGGAAUUUUUCGUGGAGGUUUUACGACGUUGUUGAGGGAAUCUAUAGGAAAUGCCGUCUUCUUUAGCACUUAUGAGUAUGUUCGCCAUUACAUGCACUUGCAAUUGCAUCUGAAUGCUGAUUCAUCUCAGCGCAGACAUCUCAUUGAUAUUGGUAUUGGGAUCGUGACUGGUGGUCUUGGUGGGGUAGCUUUCUGGUCUGCUGUUUUGCCCUUGGAUGUGGCCAAGACGAUAAUUCAGACUACCCCUGAUAGAGAUGCUCCAAGAAAUCCUUUCAGAGUCUUAAACUCAAUUUAUAGGAGAGCGGGUCUUAGAGGGUGUUAUGCAGGAUUCGGUCCGACUAUAGUUCGGGCGUUUCCUGCUAAUGCAGCUGCCAUUGUCACCUGGGAACUGGCCAUGAAAAUAUUAGGUAUUCGGCACGACUGAGGGAAUCCAUUCACUGUGUGGAAAUUAUCAAAGUACUUGUGUUGCUACCGCUGAUUGCAAAAGCAUGGCAGGUUCUUCAACAAGAUUAAUGAAUUAUUUGGAGAGUGCCCUUUCUUUUUCCAUCUCAUUCUGUGACCAAUAACUGGGGUUUCCAACCUUUCAAAACUAAUCUAGUUCGGUGGAUGGGUGUUUUACCAGUAUUUCGACUCUGAGACUGUAAAAUGUAAUUCAAGUCAUUCGGCACAUUGCUUCACAAGAUCAGAAUUGUUAAGGCUCCUUUUUUGGGUUUGAUUGAUGGGCUUUACCACUCGAUUGUUGUGUUUUCUAUGAGGAUUCUGUACGUAGAGUAAGGAAAA